GUUGUUUAUUGAGUUCAUUGGUUUGUGUGGUUCGAGGAAAAGGGGCUUAUGAUUCAUGUUAUUUCUAUGUUCUGAUUGUUCUGUGUUCUUUGUUGCUUCAAAGGUUCCUUCCUCCUUCUGACAACCGUUAGUUGGGUUAGAUUAGAUCGAGAUCAUGAGAUCAAACUUUGCAGUAAACUUUUGAUUAUCUUGUUAUCUGUGCUUGUUAUUAUUUGUUAUCUUCCUUUCUAGUGUUAUAGUAAUUUCUACUUUCAUUUCAAUUUUCGAGUCUGUCUGUCUACCUUAUUAUGAAAUUGAACUGACAAUGUAAUUAAAUUUUUUAUGUGGAGACAAUUCAAAUCAGUUGAUGCAUUUGCAUUCCCGGAGAUUCAUAGCAGCAGAUAUUGUCAUAGAAUGCCUCAGAUGAAUAAACGUUCCAAAGAAACAAACAUCAGUAAGGAAGAAAAUGAUCCGAUCUCACUAAACAAACAUAACAAUAUUAUAAUACAGGUUCUUGCAAAACCUGGAGCAAAACAAAAUGCAAUUACAGGAAUUACUGAAGAUGGGGUUGGCAUCCAAAUAAAUGCUCCUCCUAGUGAUGGAGAGGCUAAUGCAGAAUUAGUGAAAUAUGUGUCGAAUGUGCUUAGACUUCAUAAAAAUGAUGUAGUCUUUGAAAAAGGGUUCAAGUCCAGGUCCAAGAAACUGAAAAUUGUAGGGAACAUAUCAAUUGAGGAGGUCAGAAGAAAAAUCUCUGAAGAGAUUGGUUCCUGAUAGAUAAUUUCAAUCACAUUGUUCCUAUUUGAAUGUGAGUGAUAAUUUUUGAUAAUAUAGGGUGGGACAUCUCAUAAAUCUGGAGGUCACCUUUGAUGUGUAUGGAACUUCUUUCUAUGAUGCUAGAUAUAGAACUAUAUUCAAUGAUUUUGAAUAACAAAGAUCUUUUAUCCACUCAAUUUAAAUUCUUAUUUAUAA